GUGAAGUAAGAAUCGCAAAACAAAGUGAGCGAAAUCGAAGUUCUGGCAGUAAUUUUUAGACAAUGAAUCGUAUCGGAGCAUGUAUAAUUUUUCACCUGGUGAUAACUGGUGUUUUCGAGUCAACGGCUCAAAUUGUGAAGCGCCAUAAUGUAUUACUGCUGGUGUUGGACGAUUUUCGACCGGCAAUACGGGAAUUUGGCGAUGAAAACGCAAUAACACCAAAUAUCGACUCGCUGGCAAAAAAUGGCUACAUGUUCACAAAUAUGUUCGCACAGCAAUCUAUUUGUGCUCCGAGUAGAAAUUCGUUCCUCACUGGACGUAGACCAGAUACGACCAAAUUAUAUGACUUUUAUAGUUACUGGAGAGAGUCUGUUGGAAACUUCACUACUAUUCCUCAGUACUUUAAAGAGAAUGGUUAUCGCACUCAGUCCAUAGGUAAAAUAUUUCAUCCUGGAGUAUCAUCGAAUUACUCAGACGAUUUUCCGGUGAGUUGGAACGAGAUUCCUUAUCAUCCUCCCACGGAAGAGUUCAUGAAUAAACCAACGUGCAUUGAUAAAUCAUCGGGAAACCUUAGGAAAAAUCUACUUUGUCCAGUUGUGCUGAAGUUGCAACCUGAUGAAACUUUACCUGAUAUACAGAGCACGUUAGAAGCAAAAAGAUUUUUAACAGAGCACCGUAACACCAGCACCCCGUUCUUUUUAGCGGUCGGAUUUCAUAAGCCACAUAUCCCGUUUAAGUUUCCUUUAAAAUAUUUGGAUUUGCAUGAUGUUAGAAAAUUCAAAACUUUUGACCUUGACUAUCCUCCAAAUGGUUUGCCCUUUGUGGCAUGGAGCUCUUAUUUGGAUAUUAGAAGUCGGGACGACAUGAAAGCUUUGAACAUAAGCUUCCCGUUUGGACCGAUUCGAGAAUCCGUCAAGAUGAAGAUUCGACAGCAUUAUUACGCAUCUAUAAGUUAUGUAGAUGAUCUCAUUGGACAACUAAUGAAGGAUGUAGAUUUAGAUAACACGAUUAUUCUUCUAACGUCGGAUCACGGUUGGUCAUUAGGUGAACAUGCUGAAUGGUCUAAAUUUAGUAACUACGACGUAGCUUUGAAUGUUCCACUAAUUGUCCAUAGUCCGGAUAUUCCGACCAAGCCGGAAAACAAGAUAGACAGAAUAGUUGAAUUAUUGGAUCUUUUUCCAACGAUGGUGGACUUGGCAGGAUUACCGCCAAUUGAAAGCUGCGGAACGAAUGUUAAUUUGGAAACCUGCGUGGAAGGUAAAUCAUUACUUCCGUAUCUUGCUGGUGCACCCACGGACGAUUCCAUUGAGGAGGCUUUCAGUCAGUAUCCACGUCCUGGAACGUAUCCCUCCGUUUAUCCAAAUAGCGACAAGCCAAAGUUAUACCAAAUAAAAAUAAUGGGAUAUAGUAUUCGCAACAGGCGGUUUCGGUAUACUGCGUGGGUACGGUUUGAUCCAGUCACGUUUACAAAAGAUUGGACUAAAAUAUACGGCGAAGAAUUGUAUGAUCACAGCAUCGAUCCUCAAGAGAACGUGAACCUUGCGAAUCGACCACAGCUGAUACAAAUAAAAUCGUUUCUUAUGUCUCGACUUCAAACGAAAUUCAACUGACAAAUUGCAACAUGUUUGUAAUCACCGUUCAUCACGAAAGUGACAAUUUUGUGUUAUAGAAAUCAGUUUUUCACACUAAAAUUUAGUCUUAUAGUAAUAAGAUCCAUGUUAGUUUGCUUGGCAUUUUUGAGCAUCAAUUGAUAGUAAUGUAAACUCAAAAACGGAAGUAACAUGAUUAACCAUUGCGCAGGUUUGUGCUGACCAUGUUAAUUUAGGCAUUCUUCAACUACCUGCCGAAAUCUAACAUUUGCUGAAAUUUUACAAAGUAAUAAAAAUAUUGAAGCCCGUAAUUGAAAAAGGUUGAGUAUAGGAACCUGAAUGGUAUUGGAACUUAUCAUUCUAACAGUAACCAUAGCAUAGUGUACUGCCAAUAUAAACAAUAAAAUAAACUAUAUUCGAAAUUCAA